CUACUGAAAGCGCAACGAAUUGACCAAGUGAAGCUACAACUUUGCGGCAUAAAUUGCGGGGUCCCGGCCAUGUCGCUGACCAACACAAAGACGGGGUUUUCGGUCAAGGACAUCUUGGACCUGCCGGACACCAACGAUGAGGAGGGCUCGGUGGCCGAAGGGCCGGAGGAGGAGAGCGAGGGGCCGGAGCCCGCCAAGAGGGCCGGGCCGCUGGGGCAGGGCGCCCUGGACACAGUGCAGAGCCUGCCCCUGAAGAACCCCUUCUACGACAGCAGCGACAACCCGUACACGCGCUGGCUGGCCAGCACCGAGGGCCUCCAGUACUCCCUGCAUGGGUUGGCAGCCGGCGCGGCGCCCCAGGACUCGAGUUCCAAGUCCCCGGAGCCUUCGGCCGACGAGUCACCGGACAAUGACAAGGAGACCCCCGGCGGCGGAGGGGACGCCGGCAAGAAGCGGAAGCGGCGGGUGCUCUUCUCCAAGGCGCAGACCUACGAGCUGGAGCGGCGCUUCCGGCAGCAGCGGUACCUGUCGGCGCCAGAGCGCGAACACCUGGCCAGCCUCAUCCGCCUCACGCCCACGCAGGUCAAGAUCUGGUUCCAGAACCACCGCUACAAGAUGAAGCGCGCCCGGGCAGAGAAAGGUAUGGAGGUGACGCCCCUGCCCUCGCCGCGCCGGGUGGCCGUGCCCGUUUUGGUCAGGGACGGCAAACCGUGCCACGCGCUCAAAGCCCAGGACCUGGCAGCUGCCACCUUCCAGGCGGGCAUCCCCUUUUCGGCCUACAGCGCGCAGUCUCUGCAACACAUGCAGUACAACGCCCAGUACAGCUCGGCCGGCACCCCCCAGUACCCAACAGCACACCCCCUGGUCCAGGCCCAGCAGUGGACUUGGUGAGCAUCGCCCCUCCGAGACUCUCGACCCCAGGCCCAGGCCCCACCCCAGCGGCGGAGGCGAGGAGGACUCGGCCCUUACAGUGGUUAUUAUAUUAUUAUAAUUAUUAUUAUGGAGUCGAGUUGACUCUCGGCUCCGUUGGGGGGGCGCCAGGAGGUUGCCUGCACCUCCUUGGAGAGGCAGAUUCCACCCCCCAGGUCCGCCUCAUCCCUCUCUCCGUUUGAACCUUUGGAGACGGCUGAACCAUAAGCCGUGUUUACAGAAUGUUUGCGCAGCUUCGCUUCUCUGCCUCUCCCCGGGUACCGAAUGGUCCCAGCGUUAACGUCCUCAUCUGAGAAGGAGAAAAAGACCCCCCCGCCCCGCUUUUGUGAAUUUUGUAAAAUAUGUUUGUGUGAGUAGCGAUAUUGUCAGCCGUCUUCUUCUGAAGCAAGUGGAGAACACUUUAAAAAUAUAGAGGAUUUUUUCUCCAUUUUUUAAAAUAAGAAAAUGCUAAAUAUUUAUGGCCAUGUAAACGUUCUGACAACUGGUGGCAGAUUUCGCUUUUCGUUGUAAAUAUUGGUGGUGAUUGUUGCCAAAAUGACCUUCAGGAAGGGCCUGUACCCCUCAGGGCCCAACUCCUUUCUUUGUGGUUUGUUUUGGUUUGCUUAUAUUUGGUUACCCCUGCUUUCUUCUUUUCUUUUUUUAUUUUGUUCAGUGCAAACAUUUCUCAAAUAUGAAAAAGGAAAAAUGUGUAGGCGAGCGAGAAGCCCCCUGCCCCAUCCUCCGGGUCCUGAGCCCCGGAACUUGGAGCUCAGCGGUUCCGUGCGGUUCCCCAAGAGCGCCGGGAGCUGAAAGCUUUCAAUUUUUUUAAAUAAGAAUUUUAAUAAAAAUCCUGU